AUGGGUAAACUGCAUUCGAAACAUGCUGCUAUUUGUAAACCUCGGGAGAGUCCAGAAGGCGACAGUUUCGUAGUUAAUGCCUGUUUGGCAAAGAAGGGAAUCGACGACUGGUUGGCGAAGCAGAAAUACUACCAGCAGGACUAUCCUCACAAGAACCACUGCGCUCUGGCUCCACGGGAUUCAGCUGAUGUCUGCGCAGAAGGAAGUGGCAAGGAACACUAUCGUUUAGAAGUGGCUCUUCCCCCGGAGAAGACCGACACCUGCUGUGUGGAGGAGAAGAUGCUGCAGAGGGACAGCCAGUCUCCCGCAGGGCCGCAGAAACAGCUCCAGUUUGAAGAGCUGGAGUGUGCGGUGUCUGUGGAGGAAGAUAACAGGCAGGAGUGGACUUUCACCCUUUAUGACUUUGACAACAAUGGCAAAGUUACUAGAGAGGAUAUCACCAGCUUGCUUCACACCAUCUAUGAAGUGGUGGACGCGUCAGUGAACCAUUCUCCCAGCAGUAGUAAGACACUCCGGGUCAAGCUCUCUGUUGCCCCUGACUGCAGCCAACGGUGGAAAAGCUGCCCACAAGACACGUCCCACUCCAGAGAGAAAAAUGACAAGUGCGCAGAAGACCCCAAGAGUGCUGACAAAAAGACUCGAGCGCUCCUAAGGCGCCACCACAGUGACCACCACACCCAGUCGAGCUGCCCACGCCACUGUGUUGACGAGAACCUGGAACGCAGGAACCACUAUUUAGAUCUGGCUGGCAUUGAGAACUACACGUCUCGUUUUGGAACUGUACCUGCAACAGAAACAACAAAAGCUGAGCCCCAGACACGGCCAUCGAACCAGACGCGCUCACGCUCUCAAGAACCUGAAAACGGCAACUCCUACUCCCAGCAUCACCGCUUACAGGCAGUGGUGGCCACGCCCGACGGCCUUCAUGGGGUCCGGUUACGUGUACACGAGUCAGGCAAGCACAGCACCCGUUCUCCCAAGACCCACAGCCGAACGCCUCCUGUGCAAAACAGCGGCAGGGCGAUGAGAAGCCGAGGGAACUCCUCUGCCCCGGCCUUGCCCAGCCAAACACCCCCUCACCAGUCUACAGCGCCUUAUCGCAAGCUCAAGCAACGGUCUAAAGACAGCCAUGGCCAUCGGGCUUUGGGACAUGUUUCUACCACAGGGGCGGUUGUGGAGAAGGAGCGGGUUCAGGACAUGCCCAGUGUGGUGCUCUAUGAUGGGGCGUUAGCACAAGUGGUCCAGCGACACGAACAUCAUCACCACCACGAACACCACCACCAUUACCACCACUUCUACCAGUCAUGA